UUACCUGAUGACUUAGCAUUAUAAUAGCUAGAAUGGCAAACCAGUUUGAAGACUUCCCAGAUCUAGUGUUAUCUCAUGUGGCUGACUUGCUUUGCCCAGAGGAUGUAGCUAGACUCUCCCAGACCUGUCAUCGUCUCCACUCUGUGCUUCCCCACUUCAUGAUUGUCCACGGUAAAGACUUUGAAAUACGAGGUCCACGUUCAGGCCACUGGGCACCUGAACUAUAUUUCGAUGGUCCUAUCCUACCAAGUAUUGUUAAGAAGCUUUCUCUAUCUGUGGUGUGGAAAGAUCAAGGUUACGGAAAUCGAAAAGGCGAGAUAUUUCUGCAAUUGAUGAGACAGAUUAAUACAAGCAGUUCUCCUGUGGUGGUGGCAGAAAAAAGACGAGUGUUUGGGAUUGCUGAGCACGAUGAGAUGGAAGCAAAUGCUGAGUUAAGAGAUGAUCCUGUCAUCAAGUUAGCACAGCCUGGUGACUUCUAUAGGUUCAUGAGGAACGCAGGAGGAGGGGGAGGGCACUCGCUCACAGUCAAGAAGUUUAGGGUGGUCGCUACUUUACCAUGACCUGCUGGCUCGAGUCCAUCAUAGCAUGCAGCAAUAGAUUUCAAUUGUCACGUAAAGUCGUUGUAACCAAUUAAUUGUUUCUAAUUCAUUUUAGAAAUGGACACACUAUUAUAUAGACUAGUAAUUUCUGUUUUU